AUGCAAGAGCCCGCAUCGGUCAUAUUCUCACUCGCCAACUUACUGCUACACAUAUGGGGACUGGGAGAAAUCAGGAAGGAGAUUUCGGACGAACAUCCGAUGAAGCGAUACUACGUGCGCUGGGCGUACAUCAGCUGCAACGCCUGGAUUUGGUCCGCCAUCUUCCAUACGCGAGACACGCCAUUUACCGAGAAACUGGACUAUUUCUCAGCUGGCCUGACAAUCCUGUACUCGCUGUACUUCACCGUCAUACGUCUCUUCCAUCUGUACACCACGCUCUCUCAUCCUGCAUCGCGCACGUUCUAUCUUUGGUCCGGCCUCUGUUUAGGCGCCUACAUAUCGCAUAUCUUAUAUCUGUCCCUAUCCGCUCGCUUUGACUAUGGCUAUAAUAUCGCCGCCAACGUCGGCCUUGGGCUCGCACACAACGCGCUAUGGCUGGCGUUCGCCAUGCCCUCAAGCCUAUCGCCUCUGCGACGCUUCUUGGGGCGGCCACGUAGCUACAGGCCGUGGUAUGCCACACGUGCGGCUCAGGCUGUCGUGCUCACCACCCUCGCCACGAUGCUUGAACUCUUCGACUUCCCACCAUGGUGGCGAGUAAUCGACGCGCACUCGCUCUGGCACCUGGCCACCGCCCCGCUGGCUGUGCUCUGGUACGACUUCUUGAUCAACGAUGCAGUAGAUGCCGGUUGGAAGGAACUAGCGUGGAGAUCUCAGAAACGUGCGCCGGUGGAUGUGCAUCCGCACGGAGGCGCAAGCCUGCUAAAUACCGCUCCUCUUGGACGUGAUGAACCCUUUUUACCCCGCCUUCCUCAGCUUUUCUACGGAACGGCAUAUAUAACUCCCUCGCUCCGAUCAACAUACCCCGUUUCCUCCUUCACGCCCGUCAACAACCAUCUCGACUCAGACAUCAUGACUCGCUACGACCCGCAGUCCUCCGCUGAACUCGGCGCACACGACCACGAAGCUAUCUGCCCUACACACACACUAUCGCACACACGGACAUGGUUCAAGUCUCGCUGCAAGACGUCCGCAGAACAUGAGCCCACCACGAUGCUCAGUUGGGGCUACCUCGAUCCAACAAGCUCACAUGACAGGCUCGUCUGCUCUUGCGGCGACGCGAGGAGACCUUUCGCCAUCCAGCUCACAUAUCGAGGUUUCCAUAAGCACGAACUACGACGCGAGAUCUUCUACCUUUUCCUACUCGUUUUAUUCGCCGGAAUAGCGAUCGGCGUACUCGGUGUACAUGGGUCAAGGGCGUUGCUGAACCUCUUGCUACCACCAGAACCGAUACCAAGAACGGAGGCGGAUGGCUAUUGA